CGCAUAGCGCCGGCUCUCAGCGUCGAAAUCAGCCAGUCUUUUAUGAGUGUGAAGGUGUAAGCAUGAAGGCUCGAUGGCACGCGACUCAGACAUGAAAAGAAGCCAAGAUUGAGCACACAGGUUGAAUAAUGGGGGCAACAGCUACUAAAACGCGGUAUUCCUCGGAUGAUAAACUCAACAGCGGAGACAAUCUAUGCAGGGUGUCACGAAGGUGGUAACGAAAUAAGGUGUCCACUACAAACAUGUGCUCAGCUAACGUGUAAUCUCAGGAUUCCUGUGGAAAGACCCGGACAAGGUGGCCUGGGUCUACCAGACGACAUCUGGCUCCAAAUCUUCUCAUACUUCAGCGUGAAAGAGCGAGCCUCAUUGGCCCGCGUCUGCCGGGAAUGGAACAUACUCUGCCGGGACUCGCGUUUCUGGGGAGCCGUCGACUUCCGGUCAUGUCAUGUGAGCGGAGAGAUUACAGAUAAAAUCGUGGAAUCGGUUGUGGCGUAUUCGUGUAAGAUUCGGAUUAUCGAUUUCUCCAGCAAGCGCUGUCACGCCGUCACUGAUACAUCACUGACACAUGUGGCAAACCAUUGCCCAGGCCUCCAGCGGCUGAAUCUCACCGGGAAAAGUCUCAUCACCAAUAGAGGACUGGGUGCGAUAGCGCGGAGCUGCGGUGAUUUGGAGCAGCUUUUUCUAAGUGGCUGUAGUCGUGUUAGCGACAGGGGGGUAAGAACACUAGCAAGCAAAUGUCCAAAACUAGAAAAACUCUCCUUAUCAAACUGCUUACGUUUGACGGACAAGUCUCUUAGUGCCAUUUCCAGGAAAUGUUCAUCUCUUAAAACUCUUGACCUCUCUGGUUGUGUCAAGAUAACAGAUCGCGGAAUAAAAGCCCUUUCCCGAUACUCUGAACACCUUACGGAUAUAAAUCUAAAAGACACCACAGGGAUCUCAAUCGAGGGGAUCGAGCUCUUGGCGAGGGGAGCGCCGCAACUCACAAGAAUUCAACUCGGGAUCGUCCAAGACUCAGCGCAGACUGUAGCGGCGUUGAACAUCAUCGUCAAACAUUGCAGCAACUUGCAGUAUCUAAGCUUUCAACACUAUAGAACCCAGUCCACCCAGGUUCUCGGUUCUAGGAAGUUCGUAUCUAAAAAGCGCCUCGGAGCAUUCGUCAGUGGUCUAAGCGCUUGCGGGUUUAUGCUUUAGAAUGUGCCUUAGAGAAGAUCUCUCGGCUAAGCUCGUUCCCAGGGUCUUCUAGGUAAUUUUUUCCCAGACGGGGUUGAGCGCUAGCUUGAUACAGAGGCUUUUCGCAUCCAGGCUUAAAUACCUUACCAUUUUACACUUUCUAUUCGCGACGUCUAAAUUUUGGGAGUUUUGUGAUACCGGGAUAUUUCGCGACACUUUUCUUUCUCAAUUUCUGUAUUAACAACAGUCCUUUUAUACUCGCGAUUUUCCUGAUUUGGGACAGAAAAAUCGAGAAAAACAAGUGUGAUUGCUAUUGCUCUACUAUUAAGUUUCUUAAGACCAUCAAAAACAUGGAGAAUGUGUAUCCAUAAAACUUAUUAGACGAUUAAUGUUUCACCGAAAAUCUUUGUAUUUUGUUUCGCAACAUUGUAUUUUCGCCCCACCUUAUUCAAGAAUUUUUGAAAAUCGCAAAACUUUAAAGUCACGCGAAAAUAAAAAGGUAAUAUGCUGAGCGCUAAGAGUUAAUAUGCACAUCUUACGGCCCUUCGUUUUCAUUCAAUUAUCUCACUUUCGGAUUUUGACGAUGCGAUAACCUCUGAGACAAUUUAAUUUGUAGGUAAUGCCAUCGAUUGUUAAUGACUGAAUUAGUAAUAAGCAUCAACAGAAUUUAAUUUCCUUGAAAGAAAUUAGUUAAAAACCUACGAAGAUUGUUUUUUGUUUUAUUUUAAGGAUGAUAUGUUAUGGUGGUAAAUUUCAUAUCCAAACCAAUAAAGAGAAAAUGAUAAUAUUAA